GGGGAGGCCUCGGACUUCUCGCUUCCCUGGGAGUCCUCCGUGACAGCAUCAGGAGGCCUAGAAGGAGAGCCAGAGUGUGAUCGAAAAACCAGCCGUGUGCUGGAAGACAGGAACAGCGUGACAAGUCAAGAGGAGAGAAAUGAGGACGAUGAAGACAUGGAGGAUGAGUCAAUUUACACCUGCGAUCACUGUCAGCAGGACUUCGAGUCUCUGGCAGACCUGACGGACCACCGGGCCCACCACUGUCCUGGAGAUGGUGACGACGACCCACAGCUCUCCUGGGUGGCCUCGUCUCCCUCCAGCAAGGAUGUUGCGUCACCCACGCAGAUGAUCGGAGAUGGGUGUGACCUGGGCCUGGGUGAGGAGGAAGGGGGCACGGGCCUGCCGUACCCUUGCCAGUUCUGCGACAAGUCCUUCAUCCGCCUGAGCUACUUGAAGAGGCACGAGCAGAUCCACAGCGACAAGCUGCCGUUCAAGUGCACCUACUGCAGCCGCCUCUUCAAGCACAAGAGGAGCCGCGACCGGCACAUCAAGCUGCACACGGGCGACAAGAAGUACCACUGUCACGAGUGCGAGGCGGCCUUCUCCCGCAGCGACCACCUGAAGAUCCACCUGAAGACCCACAGCUCCAGCAAGCCCUUCAAGUGCACCGUCUGCAAGCGCGGCUUCUCCUCCACCAGCUCGCUGCAGAGCCACAUGCAGGCGCACAAGAAGAACAAGGAGCACCUGGCCAAGUCGGAGAAGGAGGCCAAGAAGGACGACUUCAUGUGCGACUACUGCGAGGACACCUUCAGCCAGACUGAGGAGCUGGAGAAGCACGUGCUCACCCGCCACCCCCAGCUCUCCGAGAAGGCCGACCUGCAGUGCAUCCACUGCCCCGAGGUCUUCGUCGACGAGAACGCGCUGCUUGCCCACAUCCACCAAGCCCACGCCAACCAGAAACACAAGUGCCCCAUGUGCCCCGAGCAGUUCUCCUCGGUGGAGGGCGUCUACUGCCACCUGGACAGCCACCGGCAGCCCGACUCCAGCAACCACAGCGUCAGCCCCGACCCCGUGCUGGGCAGCGUGGCCUCCAUGAGCAGCGCCACUCCAGACUCCAGCGCCUCCGUGGAGCGAGGCUCCACGCCGGACUCCACCUUGAAGCCGCUGCGGGGCCAGAAGAAGAUGCGGGAUGACGGGCAGGGCUGGUCCAAGGUGGUCUACAGCUGCCCCUAUUGCUCCAAGCGGGACUUUAACAGCCUGGCCGUGCUGGAGAUCCACCUGAAGACCAUCCACGCGGAUAAGCCACAGCAGAGCCACACGUGUCAGAUCUGCCUAGACUCCAUGCCCACCCUCUACAACCUCAACGAGCACGUCCGCAAGCUGCACAAGAACCACGCCUACCCCGUGAUGCAGUUCAGUAACAUCUCCGCCUUCCACUGCAACUACUGCCCCGAGAUGUUCGCCGACAUCAACAGCCUGCAGGAGCACAUCCGCGUCUCCCACUGCGGCCCCAACGCCAACCCGCCCGACGGCAGUAAUGCCUUCUUCUGCAACCAGUGCUCCAUGGGCUUCCUGACCGAGUCCUCCCUCACGGAGCACAUCCAGCAGGCCCACUGCAGCGUCGGCAGCGCCAAGCUGGAGUCCCCGGUCGUGCAGCCUGCGCAGUCCUUCAUGGAGGUCUAUUCCUGCCCCUACUGCACCAACUCGCCCAUCUUCGGCUCCAUCCUGAAGCUCACCAAGCACAUCAAGGAGAACCACAAGAACAUCCCGCUGGCCCACAGCAAGAAGUCCAAGGCAGAGCAGAGCCCGGUCUCAUCUGACGUGGAGGUGUCUUCCCCGAAGCGGCAGCGGCUUUCGGUGAGCGCCAACUCCAUCUCCAACGGCGAGUAUCCCUGUAAUCAGUGCGACCUCAAGUUCUCCAACUUCGAGAGCUUCCAGACCCACCUGAAGCUGCACCUGGAGCUGCUGCUGCGCAAGCAGGCGUGCCCCCAGUGCAAAGAGGACUUUGACUCCCAGGAAUCCCUCCUGCAGCACCUGACGGUGCACUACAUGACCACGUCGACCCACUACGUGUGCGAGAGCUGCGACAAGCAGUUCUCCUCGGUGGACGACCUGCAGAAGCACCUGCUGGACAUGCACACCUUCGUGCUCUACCACUGCACCCUGUGUCAGGAGGUCUUUGACUCCAAGGUGUCCAUCCAGGUGCACCUGGCGGUGAAGCACAGCAACGAGAAGAAGAUGUACCGCUGCACGGCCUGCAACUGGGACUUCCGCAAGGAGGCCGACCUGCAGGUGCACGUCAAACACAGCCACCUGGGCAACCCGGCCAAGGCACACAAGUGCAUCUUCUGCGGGGAGACCUUCAGCACCGAAGUGGAGCUGCAGUGCCACAUCACCACGCACAGCAAGAAGUACAACUGCAAGUUCUGCAGCAAGGCCUUCCACGCCAUCAUCCUGCUGGAGAAGCACCUGCGGGAGAAGCACUGCGUGUUCGACGCGGCCACCGAGAACGGCACGGCCAACGGGGUGCCCCCGGCUACCGCCAAGAAGGCCGAGCCGGCCGACCUGCAGGGCAUGCUGCUGAAGAACCCCGAGGCGCCCAACAGCCACGAGGCGAGCGAGGAUGACGUGGACGCGUCAGAACCCAUGUACGGCUGCGAUAUCUGCGGGGCGGCCUACACCAUGGAGGUGCUGCUGCAGAACCACAGGCUGCGGGACCACAACAUCCGGCCAGGCGAGGACGACGGCUCCCGGAAGAAGGCUGAGUUCAUCAAGGGCAGCCACAAGUGCAACGUGUGCUCACGGACUUUCUUCUCGGAGAAUGGCCUCCGGGAGCAUCUGCAGACGCACCGGGGCCCCGCCAAGCACUACAUGUGCCCCAUCUGUGGCGAGCGCUUCCCCUCGCUGCUGACGCUCACUGAGCACAAGGUGACCCACAGCAAGAGCCUGGACACGGGCACCUGCCGCAUCUGCAAGAUGCCCCUGCAGAGCGAGGAGGAGUUCAUCGAGCACUGCCAGAUGCACCCCGACCUGCGCAACUCCCUCACAGGCUUCCGCUGUGUGGUCUGCAUGCAGACGGUCACCUCCACGCUCGAGCUCAAGAUCCACGGCACCUUCCACAUGCAGAAGCUGGCGGGCAGCUCGGCUGCGUCCUCCCCCAGCGGCCAGGGGCUGCAGAAGCUCUACAAGUGUGCCCUGUGCCUCAAGGAGUUUCGCAGCAAGCAGGACCUGGUGAAGCUCGACGUCAACGGGCUCCCCUAUGGCCUCUGCGCCGGCUGCAUGGCCCGCAGCUCCAACGGACAGGUGGGUGGCCUGGCCCCGCCCGAGCCUGCCGACCGGCCCUGCGCCGGCCUCCGCUGCCCCGAGUGCAGCGUCAAGUUCGAGAGCGCCGAGGACCUGGAGAGCCAUAUGCAGGUGGACCACCGUGACCUCACUCCAGAGACCAGCGGGCCCCGGAAAGGCGCCCAGACAUCGCCAGUGCCCCGGAAGAAGACGUACCAGUGCAUCAAGUGCCAGAUGACCUUCGAGAACGAGAGAGAGAUCCAAAUCCACGUUGCCAACCACAUGAUCGAGGAAGGCAUCAACCAUGAGUGUAAGCUGUGCAACCAGAUGUUCGACUCCCCGGCCAAGCUCCUGUGUCACCUCAUCGAGCACAGCUUCGAGGGCAUGGGAGGCACCUUCAAAUGUCCCGUGUGCUUCACAGUUUUCGUCCAGGCCAACAAGUUGCAGCAGCACAUCUUUGCUGUGCACGGGCAGGAGGACAAGAUCUACGACUGCUCGCAGUGCCCACAGAAGUUCUUCUUCCAGACCGAGCUGCAGCCUGGCCUAGCUACCAAAAUGGGCUCCAAGUCCCCAGACAACUGA